AUGGCUCUUACGGAAUCAACGAUGCCCGAGGUAGUGGUGCGUCGAAUUCGGACCAAGUAUCAUUGGCCAUCUGUCCAACUUAAUUCAUGGCUGGCCAUCAUGCUCGUUGGGAGCUCAGCGAUUCUGGGAAUUUUUUCGAGCUUUAUCGCGACACAGCGCCAACUCAAGAUUGGAAUUCCAUGGUACUUUCCAUACUGGGUCACUGUUGGAACUUUGUCUGUUAUUUUUAUCUUGAUCAUGUUCUGGUUAAUAGCGCGACGGCAACUCCUGCCUGGUAUAGUUAUAAUGGGGUCAUUUAUAUUACUUAUUCUAUGGGUGGUUGGCCUGAUCAUGAUAAGCCUCCAGCUGUGGGGUCCCUCAGGAAACGUCAACACUAAUUGUCAGCUUUAUGUUGAGAAUCAGCCAGUCACGGGUGUGAGUGUUCAAACAUUGGCAUGGCUAGAGCAGCACAGCAUUUGUCAAGCAUGGCAGGCGGCAUGGUCGUUCCAACUAAUCGGAUGCACCUUCCUUCUCUGGAUGCUGAUUAUGGCCUACCGAGUCUACCGAGACCAUGUAUAG